AUAACAGAUGUCGCCACAAGGUGGAAUAGUGCUCAUGAUAUGAUGGAGAGGUUUUUGCAACUGCAAGCUGCAGUGCAUGCCACCCUGCUGUCGCCUGCCCUAAAUGUAGAUGAAAGUGACAUUGUCACUCUCAGCAGAGCCGAUCUGGCUAAUGUGGAGGAAGUAGUGAAGACAUUAAAACCAGUGAAGGAUGCCACUGUGUUUAUGUCAGAGGAGAGAAGUCCUACAGUCAGCCUAAUUGCACCAGUAUAUGCCCAACUCCUCCAGAGCAUGUCCGACACUAUUGGAGACCAACCACUGAUCCGUGAUGUGAAGAAUGCCAUCAAAACAGAUCUGCUUAAGAGGUACAAUAGUGAGGCAGAGAAAAAGAUCCUUCAUACAUCCUCUGCCCUGGAUCCUCGCUUUAAGGGGUUACCUUUCCUGACAGAGGAGGAGAGAUUGGAUGUCUCCGCAGGAGUGACUUCAGAGGCUGCAUCCCUGGAGGAGUAUGAGAGAAAACAGAGAACAGAAGCAGAUCAAGCGCAUGGCAGAACAGGAAGUUCAGGAACCAAGGAAGAGUUGCUGUCCGUGGAUGACAAUGUGUCAGACUCAGCAGGCCCCUCCGCUCCCAAAAGAAGGGCCUCAUCGCUGCUUUUAAGUUUGCUGGGACCUGCUUUCAUCAAUGACACCAGUGAACCUGCAGUACAAAGUAAGACCGCCGAUGCCAGUGCUGAGGAGGAAAUGGACUUGUACUGUAGAUCCCCAGCUGUGCCUCUCUCUGAGGAUCCCUUGGACUGGUGGCAUCGCCAUAAGGGCACAUUUCCUCUCCUCUCUAGGUUAGCAAAGAGAUACUUGUGCAUCCCCGGGACAAGUGUGUCAGCAGAGAGAGUCUUCUCCACUGCAGGAGAUGUUAUCACUGCAAAAAGAAGCGCUCUCAAACCGGACCAUGUUGAUCAGCUUGUGUUUUUGCACAAGAACCUUGAAAUUCCCAAAUGCUAAACAGUGAGAAGUUAUGAUGUAGGCUUAGGUUAAACUAUACAUUU